AACCAAUGAUGAAUAUUCAGUACUGACCUGCUGUAUAAUAAAAAACCGCAUAUUAUACAACACUGGAGAUAUAAUAUACAACAAUAGGAUAAUUGGCAAAACAAUUGGUGGAACUGUAAUGGUUUAGAAAACGAUUCGCUUGAUAAUGCUGUAAGUGACCUGACAAUAUCAAAUCCUUAACAACUUAUCAGACCAUUUUAAUCAUUACCAUAAAAUAAAUCAGAAGAUAAACGAUUUGAAUAAUUCAUGACAGAGAUAUAAAAGAGAUCUAAAACGUUUGGAAAAUUUACAAUUGUGUUAGACUGUGACAUAAUGUUCAAGUGUAUCUCAUAUCUGUCCGCUAUAUUAGUGGUAGCUGUCGUAUGUUCGGAAAACGAUAAAAAUUGGUGGAAAACGGCCACUUUUUACCAAAUUUACCCGAAAUCAUUUAAAGACACUAAUGGUGAUGGAGUAGGAGAUUUAAAAGGUAUUAUUGAGAAAUUAGACUACGUAAAAGAUCUUGGAGUAACGGGAGUAUGGCUUUCACCCAUAUACAAAUCACCAUUGGUGGACGAAGGAUACGACAUCAGUGAUUUUAGAGACAUUAAUCCGAUAUUUGGAGACUUGGAGACUUUCGUUAAACUUAUAAAUGAAACACAUUCACGUGGACUAAAAAUCGUGCUGGAUUAUGUACCAAAUCAUACCAGCGAUCAGCACCCAUGGUUUACGAAAUCAGAAAAUAGAGAAGAAGGAUAUGAAGACUUUUUUGUUUGGGUCGAUGGGAAAAAUGGAGAUAAGAAUGAACCUCCAAAUAAUUGGCGCAGUGUCUUUAAAAAUUCAGCGUGGGAAUGGAGCGAUAAACGAAAGCAAUUUUACCUACACCAGUUCUUCAAGCAACAGCCAGAUCUUAACUUUUUUAAUGAUCAAGUCCAGAAAGAAAUGAAGGAUAUUAUCAACUACUGGUUGGAAGAAUACGGUAUAGAUGGGAUCAGAAUAGAUUCUAUGCCUUACUUGGUUGAAAACCAAACUUGGCCAGAUGAACCUAGAUCAUAUGAUCCAAGCGCAUCCGAAGAUGAAUAUGAAUAUUUGGAUCACAUCUAUUCACGAAGUCAAAAGGAAAGCUAUGACAUAAUCUACGACUGGAGAAGACACAUUGAUGGUAUAUCUAAAAAUACGUCGAACACCAAAGUAUGCAUGACAGAAGCUGUGGUUGACCUGAAGCACAUAAUACCAUAUUACGGAACACCUGAUGGUUCAAAACUAGGUGCUCAUUUCUCGUUUAAUUUCAUCUUGCUUGUGUUGAACACUACUUCCACAGCAAGUGACCUUUCUACCUUAAUAAACUUAUGGAUGGAUAGUCUCCCUAAAAUAUACACAUCUAAUUGGGUGCUAGGAAAUCACGAUCAACACAGGAUAGCAACAAAAGUCGGUACAGAAAAAGUGGAUGGUCUAAAUAUGUUGAUGGCUUUCCUCCCUGGCAUUCAAAUCACGUACAACGGAGAAGAAAUUGGAAUGGAAAACGGAGAAGUAAACUGCGAAACACAAGGUCUAGAUCACGCUGAAAAUUGCUCAGAUUAUUACAGGAUCUCCAGAGAUUUCCAAAGGACACCAUUCCAAUGGGACAGCAGUGAGUUUGCAGGAUUUACCAGUGGAAAUAAAACAUGGUUGCCUGUCAGUUCGAAAAAGACUAAAUGCAAUGUGGCUGAUCAAAUUAAUGACGAAAGAAGCCAUUUGAAUAUAUAUAAAAAACUCCAAAGGCUGCGACCUCAAUGGCGUCAAAGUGAAUACGAAAUAAAAACUUUGGACAAUUCAAAGAAUGUACUUCAAGCACUUCGGUAUAACAAAGGGGGAACUAAUGAAGUACAAUUUGUAUUUAACUAUGGAUCUGAACCAGUUAAAAGUAUUGAUCUUAAUAGAGAAAAAUCUUACGAAGUAGUUAUAAGCAGUGGUAAUUCACCAAAGAAUGAUGGAGAUGUUGUUGAUGGAAAAUCCUUAACUUUAAAUGGAAAUGAAGCAUUGAUAUUAAAACCAAAACCGUGAACUAGAAAUUAUUAAGCACACUACAUAUUUUAUUUAUUUAUAUAUUUUUUUUAAAUAGUUUUAAAAAUUAAAAAAAAAACAUGCAAAAAUAACAAUAUUAGGCCAAAUUGAUGUUAUUAAAUAUAAUGUAAUAUAUUAUAUAUUAGUUAGAUUAUUACGUAUAUAAAUACAAUGUUUUUAUUGGCUAAA